AUGCCCCACGUCGAGGUCCUGCCCAACAAGGCCGCCGCCGUCGCGCCGGGAUGGACGUACGUGGUCGACACCGGCUACGACCCGUCCAAAGUCGCCAUCAACCCCAAGAACAAGAAACGCGCCGCCGCCGCACCGGGCGGCCAACGCGGCGAGAACGAGCUCUCGGCACGCCAGCAGACAGCCAUCGCACGGCGCAUUGCCGAGCUCGAGAGAGACAACGACCCCAAGCAAGCCAUUGCAAUACCAGGCAGACCAUCGGUGCCCAAGACGCAGAAUGCCCGGCGGAUCGUGCAGUAUCAACGACAGAUCAAGCACUGGCUCGACGACGACGAGGCACAGCUUGCGCAGCAACAGCAACAGCAACAGCAACAACAACAGCAACAACAACAGCAACAACAACAGCAACAACAACAGCAACAACAACAGCAACAACAACAUCAACAAGCGCCUCCGCUACGCAGAGACACGGCCAACACACGGAAUGCACACUCGCUGCAUCGACAGAGCUCCAUGCCGCCCGCCUCUACCGAAGCUACGCCCGCACCCACCCCCACCCAAUCGACACGCAUGGACAUCGAUGCUGCCUCUGACGAUGCCCUUCUCGAUGUGUCUGGCUCACUACCUCCGGCACUGACUCCGGCGGUGCUCGACGCCCUGCUCAGCGCUCCGCCGUUGCCGUAUGCUGCGAGUUAUGCUGCGUCGCCGCCCGCUGGAGCGCCCCCGCAGAGGCAGUUCUGCGACAACUGCGGCUAUUGGGGGACAGUCAGGUGCAGGAAGUGCGGUGCGAGAGUUUGCGGGUUGGAGUGCAAGGAUGCACACGAAGCUACGAGGUGUCUGAAGUGGGCUUGA